UAAGUCCAGGGAUGGUGGGCAGUACAGUGGUCCAAGGGCACUGUCCGUGAAGCCAUGGUGACCAGUGCCAAGGGGGGACCUUCCUGACUCUGAAUGAGCUGGUGUGCAGGGGAGGUCCAGACCCACUCUCUUCACCUCCCACUACAGCUCGACCUUCCCAGGACAAGGGAAGGAUACAACUUCCUUCUGUCCUAGAGGAGGUUGGACUAGAUGUCCUCAAUGUACUUCAGGUGAGGUGACACCAACAGCAGGGCAGUCUUAGGGGGUGGCAGGAGACCCUCAAGGACCGGCUCAAGUCUGAGACAGGAGGGACCCAGGACAGAGCAGUAGACCCAGGGGAUGCUUUUCCUGCCGAGCAACAGGCGGCUGCGUUUUUAUCGUAGAGUCUCCAGCAGCAGCGGGAGGGCUUUCAGCGAGAGGGGCCCUGCUGCUUUGUAGCCCGGGUCCCGGGCCCUCGGCGACCCGCUGCGCGGGGAGGGACUGGCAGCCGGUGCGCGCCGUUGCGCUCGGGCGCGGCAGCUGUGCCCGUCUGCCCAAGGGUUAACCCGUUCCCCUGCAGCUGCCGCGCGUGCCGUGCAGAAUCUCACCAGAAGAGGGUACAGUUGAAAAGCUCUUGACGUCAGGCUGGAAUUCCUAUUGUGUUUGGAAACGGCUUGGGCAAAGCGAGACAAGUUCGCUCUCCGCACACCUCGGCGCACGACCGCGGGUCCGGCAGCUCCGGGACCGGCCCGCGCUGCCGGCGCACCCCGGGAAGGAGAACCUGCCUGCGGCCCACGAGAGGAGCCCUCCUGGGGAGGCCGAGCCCAAGCGGCACUUCGCGCCGCCCGGAAGCGGGGGUGAGUGCCACCAGCGGGGCCGCGGGCCUUGAGAACCCCCACCGGCGCGCCCCGGCGCCCGGAUGCCUGCCCCGAGCCCCGCCGCCGGGUGCAUGCCCCCGCCAGGGCCACCCAGCCCUUAGCUGCGGGCUGUGACCGCCCUUCCCCGCAGGCUCAGCCCGAGAGCCGCGCUCUGGUGGGACCCGCCGGACCCCCGGCGGCGGCGGCCGGGGACGCGGAGCCGGGGCUGCGAGGGCACACACCGGGAGAAUGGACGGGUCCGGGGAGCACAGCCUCCAGGAGGCGGGCAGCCAGGGCUCCGCGGCCGGCGACGACAUUGAGAUCGUCGUCAACGUGGGGGGCGUGCGGCAGGUGCUCUACGGAGACCUCCUCAGCCAGUACCCUGAGACCCGGCUGGCGGAGCUCAUCAACUGCUUGGCGGGGGGCUACGACACCAUCUUCUCCCUGUGCGACGACUACGACCCCGGCAAGCGCGAGUUCUACUUUGACCGCGACCCGGACGCGUUCAAGUGUGUCAUAGAGGUGUACUAUUUCGGGGAGGUGCACAUGAAGAAGGGCAUCUGCCCGAUCUGUUUCAAGAACGAGAUGGACUUCUGGAAGGUGGACCUCAAGUUCUUGGACGACUGUUGCAAGAGUCACUUAAGCGAGAAGCGCGAGGAGCUGGAGGAGAUCGCGCGCCGAGUGCAGCUCAUCCUGGACGACCUGGGCGUGGACGCGGCCGAGGGCCGCUGGCGCCGCUGCCAGAAGUGCGUCUGGAAGUUCCUGGAGAAGCCCGAGUCGUCGUGCCCCGCACGGGUGGUGGCCGUGCUGUCCUUCCUGCUCAUCCUCGUCUCGUCAGUGGUUAUGUGCAUGGGCACCAUCCCGGAGCUGCAGGUGCUGGACGCUGAGGGCAACCGCGUGGAGCACCCGACGCUGGAGAACGUGGAGACGGCGUGCAUCGGCUGGUUCACGCUCGAGUACUUGCUGCGCCUCUUCUCCUCGCCUAACAAGCUGCACUUCGCCCUGUCCUUCAUGAACAUCGUGGAUGUGCUGGCCAUCCUCCCCUUCUAUGUGAGCCUCACGCUCACGCACCUGGGCGCCCGCAUGAUGGAGCUGACCAACGUGCAGCAGGCGGUGCAGGCCCUGCGGAUCAUGCGCAUCGCGCGCAUCUUCAAGCUGGCGCGCCACUCCUCGGGUUUGCAGACCCUCACCUACGCCCUCAAGCGCAGCUUCAAGGAACUGGGGCUGCUGCUCAUGUACCUGGCCGUGGGCAUCUUUGUCUUCUCGGCGCUGGGCUACACCAUGGAGCAGAGCCACCCCGAGACCCUGUUUAAGAGCAUUCCCCAGUCCUUCUGGUGGGCCAUCAUCACCAUGACUACUGUGGGCUACGGUGACAUCUACCCUAAGACCACGCUGGGCAAGCUUAACGCGGCCAUUAGCUUCCUGUGUGGGGUCAUCGCCAUCGCCCUGCCCAUCCACCCCAUCAUCAAUAACUUCGUCAGGUACUACAACAAGCAGCGCGUCCUCGAGACGGCCGCCAAGCACGAACUGGAACUCAUGGAGCUCAACUCCGGCAGCGCAGGGGAGGGCAAGCCUGGGGGCUCCCGCAGCGACCUGGACAUCCUGCCACCAGAGCCUGCCGGGAAGGAGGGGACAAGCUGGGGCAGCCGGCUGAAGCUCUCCCACAGCGACACCUUCAUCCCCCUGCUGACGGAGGAGAAGCACCACCGGACCCGGCUCCAGAGCUGCAAGGACCAGGGCUCAAGCAUCCUCAGGACCCCAUUGAAUUCCUUCAAGAGGCUCCCUGCAGACUUGGCUUCCACUUUCACCCCAGGCUUCUUCCCUCCUGUCUGGACCCCCAGUCGCAGUCUGCCAGGACUCCUGGUCACAUGCUGUCCUCCAGCGUGGGCGAGCCUCACGUACCCCGCUAAUGUUUGUGGAGAGAAAGAAAGCUGUUCCUGGGAGUUGCAGAAGGUCCAAGUCACGACGAAAGUAAGCGGUCAUCCAGUGUCCCCUCAUUGUUCAGAUGGGAAAACAGUGGCCCUGAAUCCCAUCUAUCUGAGGGAGGGCCGCGUAGCAAAGGCCCGCAGGUCUGUGGGCGAAGGGCCACCUCCUUCUCCUUCCCCCACCGUGGGAGCACAGGACUGUCAAGGCAAAGAUGUGGGGCUGUGAGUGCAAGACGGCGUGUGUGAAAUGGAGUCCAUCCUGACGUCUAAAUGGAAGGACGUGGGUGACAUUUUCAGUUUCAUUUUAGCCUCCAAAUAGCUCCAGGUGGUAAACGAGUUAUCCUCCGUUUUUAAAGAUGGGGAAACUGAGGCCCUGAGGGCAGAAGCCACAGGCUGGUGCUGGUGGCAGAGGUGGGAGUCUCCAGGACACACUCACCCGGCUGCCAUCUGGGCCCCACCUCAGGGCACCUGGGCUUCCUAACAAGGGGAAGGAGGCUGUCCUGCAGCCUCUCUGGAAGGCCUCACUUCGGGAGCCCUGUGAUCUGGGUGGUGGUCUCUGUGAGCGGGAGCACAUCUGCCCAGGUGACGCUGGGGUGGUGGCCUUCAGCAUCCGUCCUGGCUAUUGUGGGAGGCGUCUGGAGCUAUGGGCCCCCCAUCUGGGGCCUGGGGGUACCUCGCAGAAAAGGAAAAUGGUGGGAGCAUCUGUGAAAGGGGCAAGACCUGGAAUUAUCACACACACUCUCCGAGACACCCCGGGGAAAGACUAGCAGGAAAGGCUAGCAGUGUCCCAGCGUAUGGCCCGUGUUCCUUGCCCUCCGGGGGCUUUCGGCCACAGGGCAGGCCGGGUGGCAAUGCCUGUGAGGCAGGGGCCUUGCAGCCCCUGUGAAGGGGUGCCUGCCCCUCCCAAGCCUCCCCGCAGGAAGCUGAUUAAAUACCUCCCUAGCUCCCUGCAUCUCCCAGGGAGAUGGGAGAUGAGACGUUUCCAGAGGCCUCCCACCUGUCGCCUGUGGGAAGGCAGCUCCGCGCACCGUGGGCCUGGCAACGCGUUUGCCAGCUGCCUGGGGCGCAGAUCUCACUGCCACCCAUGAUCUGGGGUGGGAGCCCCCCCUGAAUCCCUUUCUCCACUUGGAGCAGCCCAAGAUGUAGCACAGGGACCAUGUGGGCUUCCAAAGGGAUAAGCCAAACAGCCCUGGGGACUCUGCUUAGUCACCUCCUUGUUUCUGAGGCUGUUGCUGCCAUCCAGCCAGACUGCCAGGGCUGCUGUCGUCACAACUGUCACAACGUCGUCACUCCUCCAGCAGUGAGGUCCCUGGAGUCACAGGAAGUUGCCGGUGGUCACAUAGAGGUGGGUGCAGCCUCCAGCGUGGCCCAAGCAAGUGCACACCCUAUGCUUGGCCCUGCUUGCCAGAAGCAGCAGCCAUCGUCCCGAGGAGUGGGGCUCUUGGCCACCUGUGUCCACCCUGCACUCCGGCUUAGUCUCCGGUCACUUCUCCAGCAAGAGGUUUCACUGCCGGGGAAAGAUGGCCCUGUGGGGCACCUGCUGCCACUCGCUCUUGCCCAGAUGGCAACUGACGCCUGCUGUCAAGGGCUUGGCUGGACAAGAGGGGGCUGUGCCUGCUGGUGAGGCAGCCCAGACCUCGGAGGAGGCGCACGCUGGGACAUGCCAGGCGGCCUCGGCUGGGCUGGGCGUGCAGUGGCUGAGCUGUCGGGGCCACCACUCUGCGCUGCUCUAGUCCUCUUGCUCCUUUGUCGGGUUUGGCCGAGUAGGUCUUACCUGGCCUGGAGCACCUGCCUCAGAAGAGACCCGAGGGAGACCCAGCAGCCAGUUUCUAGCUGACUGGACCCUCAUGGAGCCCCAGCCGCUGCCCAUGCCCUGUUCCUGCAGGAGGGCUGAGAUGGACCCUCUCUCCUCCCCUUUGGUUGUCCCCGGCCAGGUGGUGAGGACUCCCGUGGCCCAGCCCCUCACUGCCCACCCUGGACCUCCAUUGCAACUGGCCCAGUGGCUCUUCCCACCUCUGCCUGUGGACGGGACUCCCGGCGUCCUGUGGCUUCUCUCUCAUUUUCCACUGGUCAGAAUUCUACCCCUGCUUCCAGACCUGCCGCCAGCCCUGCGGGGCCUACAGGCGGGACCGCCUACGUCACUCCACAUCUAGGAACGUGGCCCUGGGGAGGUUGUGCCGCUGUCUGGAGUCACACAGUAGCUGGUGGCUGUGGGCACCAGCCUCCCGAUCGCUCACUCCCCUCAGUCCUGCCCCACCCCACCCACUGCCGGCUAAAGGUCUUGACCUGAGAAAGUGAAGUGGAGGUUUCAGAACCUGGACUGAAAGGUGGCCCAGGGACAGCUCCCCACCGGCACUCGUGGCCUGGCAGGGCCUCAGCAGAGCCUGGGGCUGGGAGCUCGCAGUACUCCGGCCAUGUGGCCAGUUCAGUUCAAACCUUCAUGGAACCCUUGGCCUUUAAGAGGCCUGAGCUUCACAACCAGAACAGGGGAUCCACUGAGGAGUGUGCAAGACCUCAGGCGUGUUUGUGUGUCCCUCCCCUCUGAACAAGGAGGGCAUGACUCUUGGGUCCUGAGUGGUGGCUUCCCUUGGUGGCUCUGCAUUCUCCCUAGAAGCCUGGCUCACGGUGCCAGGCAGGGGCUGUGGGCAGAUCUACUUCUCAUCCUGAGAAGCAUCGCCCUCAUCCUGGUCCUGGGACCAGGGGGCCCGACAGGUGCUUCCUAGCUGGCUGCCUGGAGCACAGGGUGGGGCCUGCAGGCAGGGAGCCCAACAGGGUGCCUGCCAUUGAGCCUCAGGUCUGCUGGCUUUCUUCCCAUCAGCCGGUGGCCGAGUCCUGCUAUCACCCCUCAUGCUGCUUUUCCUCGAUUCCUCUGGUGGUGGGCAGUGUCCUGACGGUGGCAUGAGCCCUGUGGGUCACAGAUGUGUCUGGUCACAGACCAGGCUCCCGUCACCCACAGCAGUGCCAGGCACAUUGGCAGAGAGGGGAUGAGCCCGUGUCCCCUACUGUGUGCACCGGGAGCAGACCUAGACCGGUUGCCCUUACGUCCUGCCUGUGUCUGUCUUGUCUCUUGAUGGGGAGGUCAUCUUGCCUCUGUGCCUUGUUCCUUGAAUGAAUCAACCCUGCUGGUAUAGAGAAGAGGCCUCUCUGGAUGUCACCCUGAACACCCAGAAUCUCUGUCCUCAGGGAGGAAGCUUGAAGACUUUGGGGUCAGAAAGCUCAAAUGUGGGGAUUCAUCAAGAGCCUGGGCCUGGUGAGAGUGACCCGCCACGGAGAGCCACUCUUGGUCCUGGCCUGCAGCCUGGCCUGGUAAGAGAGGGACCCUCAUGCCACCCUGUAAACACGGGGUUGUGUCCACAGGACGAGUUCAUGUGGCUUUCCUUUCCACCUCCCCUUCCUGGGACUGCCCCCCGUCACCCAAAAGUUGGAGGCCCAGAAUCUGGCCUGCAAUGUGACCUCCAGGGACCUCCUUCUUUCUUGCCACACCCCUGUGUGUGUCUCAGAACCAGUGUGCUUGGGAAUGCUUAGAGAAUGUUGGCUCUGAUGUUUUCUUUCUUUUUAAAAAUGUUUUUCUAAAAGGGCUCCUUAAUAUUUUUGUUUCAAACACACACACACAAAAAUAAAAUGAGCACCGUAACAGACACCAAA